AACACAGCAAACAACACUGAGAGAAUUAUAACACACAUUAAUAUGAAAUUCAAAAGUAUUAGGGUCAAAUAAUUCAAAGCAAAAAUGCUACCUAAAAUUCAACGGACAGUAGUGUUAUUAUCACCUGCAGCAGAGACUUCCUAGAAAUUGUUGUUAGCUUAUUUAAGCAAUUGCUAUCGAGUGUACAUUUCAAUCCGCCAAGGGAGGAAGAAAGAGAGAGAAGGAAAACCUCUGGUUUCUGUGCGUAUGUUCCAGAAAUGGAGAGUUUACAGUCUCACAGGGCGGAGAUGAUUAGCAUCGCCGUCGCACUCUUGGCCAUAGGUGCUGGAACCGCCUACUAUUUCUAUAUCACCACCAAGAAACCUAAAGAAGCAUGCAAAUUCGUGCCUAUUGUCUUGGUGUAUCUGCAACUUCACAAACAACUUCAUGUAUUGAUAGGUUGCUUAGACCCUGAAAAAUUCAAGGAAUUCAAACUUGUUAAGCGUACCCAACUCAGUCACAAUGUAGCUAAGUUUAAAUUUGCUCUUCCUACACCAACUUCAGAGUUGGGACUACCAAUUGGACAGCAUAUGAGUUGCAGAGGGAAAGACAGUCUUGGUGAAGAUGUUAUCAAGCCAUAUACUCCCACAACUUUGGACUCUGAUCUUGGAUACUUUGAACUAGUUAUAAAGAUGUAUCCGCAAGGAAGGAUGUCCCACCAUUUUCGGGAGAUGUGUGAAGGUGAUUACUUGGCUGCAAAAGGACCCAAGGGGCGCUUUAAGUAUCAGCCUAAACAAGUUCGAGCUUUUGGGAUGCUUGCUGGAGGUACUGGAAUAACUCCGAUGUUCCAAGUUACUAGGGGCAUACUAGAAAAUCCCAAUGACAAGACCAAUGUACAUCUUAUUUAUGCCAAUGUCACAUAUGAGGACAUUCUUUUGAAGGAAGAGCUGGAUAACCUUGCAAACAAUUUUCCUAACCGCUUCAGCGUCUACUAUGUUCUGAAUCAGCCUCCUGAGGGAUGGGAUGGUGGCGUGGGGUUCGUAUCAAAGGAAAUGAUUCAAACUCACUUCCCAGUACCAGCAGCAGAUAUUCAGAUACUAAGAUGUGGGCCUCCACCAAUGAACAAGGCCAUGGCUGCUCACCUAGAGGCACUUGGAUACACUUCCCAAAUGCAGUUUCAGUUUUAGGCAUGCUGUGGAGUUUUGUCAUUCUAUAACAAUUCUGUUGUUAAUUUCUGAUACAAGUACAGAACAAAAUUGAGGUCUUCGCAUAUGUUGAAGAGGUCUUCAUAGUGUUCAAUUUGUGAGAGUUGUCAUUAAUAAGCAAUGAACAUUUACUAUUGACUGCA